ACCAACUAAUUGAGUGAUUAGUUUUCAGCCACGAAGCAAAUCGCAGUUAAUGGAUUCUUCACCCACUCCUAUAUUUUGAUGAAGAUUUCUUGUUGAUUCUACCAAUUCUUUUCCAAAGAACUCUCAUAAAACCCUAUAGUAAUACCUAAUUCUCUUGAUUUCUCCCCGCUAUUGAAGAUUAGCACGUUCAAAAUCUACAGAGGCAACGCUAUGGAUGCAGUGACGAGGUCAUAUGGUCUCUCCGGUAUAAAUAUCUCAAAAUCGAACGCCUCCAAAAUCAGACACGAUUCUUCUGUGCAUGCAUGUGAAAUAACACAUCAAUCGUGUUGGAGGUCUGGUACAACUGGAAGAAGCUUCCAAAAGUUGCAAUUGCAGAAUAGAAAAAGGUUUUGCUCUGCAGGGAUGUUGACACAUCCUUUAAGUGUUACUGAAUCUCAUUCAGACAUUGAGGAAGAUGAUAAGAUUGGAGUACUUCUUUUGAAUCUUGGAGGCCCAGAGACACUUCAUGAUGUUCAGCCCUUUUUGUAUAAUCUAUUUGCAGACCCGGAUAUCAUUCGUCUACCAAGGUUGUUUCGGUUUCUACAAAGACCCUUAGCACAACUGAUUUCAACACUCAGAGCACCCAAAAGUAAACAGGGGUAUGCUUCCAUUGGAGGGGGCUCACCUCUACGAAAGAUAACAGAUGAGCAGGCUGAUGCUCUUAAAAUGGCUCUUGAAGAAAAGAAAGUUGCUUCUAAUGUCUAUGUUGCAAUGCGUUACUGGCACCCAUUCACCCAGGAAGCUGUUCGCCAGAUUAAGAGGGAUGGGAUUACAAAGCUUGUUGUGCUUCCUCUUUAUCCUCAGUUUUCUAUUUCUACAACUGGUUCAAGUAUCCGUCUUCUUCAAACCCUUUUUAGGGAGGACAAGAUUUUGUCAAAGCUUCCUGUUGCUAUUAUUCAGUCUUGGUAUCAGCGCCAAGGUUAUGUCAAGUCUAUGGCUGAUUUAAUUCACAAGGAAUUGCAAACCUUUGGCUCUCCUGAUGAGGUGAUGAUAUUCUUCAGUGCCCAUGGGGUACCCGUUAGUUAUGUGAGAGAUGCUGGAGAUCCAUAUAAAGAUCAAAUGGAGGAAUGCAUCGACUUAAUCAUGCAUGAACUCAAAGCAAGAGGAAUCCACAACCACCACAAAUUGGCAUAUCAGAGUCGAGUUGGGCCUGUUGAGUGGUUGAAGCCUUACACAGAUGAAGUGCUUGUUGAACUUGGCCAAAAAGGUGUUAAGAGUCUCCUUGCAGUUCCCGUUAGCUUUGUAAGCGAGCACAUAGAGACACUGGAAGAAAUAGAUAUGGAGUACAAAGAGUUGGCCCUUGAAUCUGGCAUCCAAAAUUGGGGUCGUGUCCCGGCUCUUGGCUGCACCUCCACCUUCAUUGCUGACCUGGCAGAUGCAGUUAUCGAAGCCUUGCCUUCUGCUUCUGCAACCGCAAUCACAACUUCCACAACUGAUAAUGCCAAUACUUUUGUUCAAGACCCGCUUGCGUUUGCUAUCAAAUUGCUUUUAGGUUCAUUUUUAGCUUUUAUAUUGCUACUAUUCCCUGGGUUUAAGAAUCAAAAUGUCUGAAAUACUCUCUCCAGAUCACACACGAUUGGAUAAAAAAAAAGCAUAAAAUAAACAGAUUUAGUUUAUGAUA